AUUUCCGAAUCAGAAAGUGCUUUUGCGCAGUCUUAGGACUACACUGUAGUUAACAGGAAUCAUGGAUUCCUCACAUUGGAUAUUGUCUUUACAAGCGACCCUCUUCUUUAGCUUUAUAAGUUCAGUUUACAGUGAUGACGACUGCGACGAUGAUGACGACGAUUGUCCAAAGGGCAGUGGAGUGAUAGUAUUGGGGAUCAUUUUUGGCUUAAUAGCAGGCAUUCUCAUCAUCUUGAUCAUUAUAACCGUCGUUUGUGUCAAAUUCUGUAAAACAAAGAAGCAUGGCGCCGUGAUAAGUCCUGGGGGUGGAAAUACAAAUCACGUGUCUCAAGGAUACACACGCCCACCUCAUGUCUACACCGUUGGAUACACAUAUUCCUCCCCAACCGCCCCUCCCUAUUCAGAGGUGACCUCUCAAACGUUCAUCACCCCAUCCAGUAGUGGUUUCCACUCUACCACAGAAAAUGUACCACCACCGCCAUCUUAUGAAGAGUUUUUAUCUAAUAAUACGUCGCCAUCAAAGUACUAGCAUCUUCUGUUACAUGAGAACUUGUCUUCCCUGCUGUGCAGCAUCAUUUGUAAAUAAGGAAAACGAAAGACUUUGGGCGUAUCUAUUGUUUUUUAUUGAAUCACCCAGUCACUGUGCCAUUUCAAACGUUUCUUGUUAGAAUUUGAAUUAUAUUUUGUUUUAGAAGAUGCUUUUAUCUUACAGAUUUUCUACCACGAUGAAAGUUCUUGAUAUUUAUCAUUAUUUUUUGUAACUUUCAAUUGAAAAAAGAAAGCUCUAUAUAUUUCCCAGCAAGGUUGUUUUGCAGAAAAGGCAUUCAAUUUAUUGUUUAUUCAUAUUCUAUAUUUUCAAAUUUAAAUUUAUAUCUGGGUUGCCAGUAAGGUUUUUAUCGAAUGGAAGAGAUAUUAAUUGUAUAC